CACACUAUAUGGUUCACAAUUGGAAGUGUGGAAACAUUUGAACGUAACUUGGAGAAGGCACAGUCAGAGAUGAACAUUGACCCUUCCAACUUUAUUACAGUUGUUUACAAGAAAGAAAGAGACUGGGGCAGUAUCAUUCUCAAUGCUCUGAGCUGGCUGAUACCUCUAGGUUUCAUGAUUUGGUUCCUUCGACGAGGGCCUCUAGGUAAACCAGGGAUCGGCAGGGGCGGUGGUCCAGGGGGCAUGUUUGGCUUCUCUCAGACAACUGCUCAAGUCUUGGAGAAAGAUAUCGGAGUCAAGUUCAGUGAUGUUGCUGGUUGUGAGGAAGCCAAGUUAGAGAUCAUGGAGUUUGUCAACUUCCUGAAAAAUCCACAACAAUAUCUGGACCUUGGCGCAAAGAUACCUAAAGGUGCCAUGCUGACUGGACCUCCAGGCACAGGGAAAACCUUGCUGGCCAAGGCCACCGCAGGAGAGGCUAAUGUCCCCUUCAUCACUGUGUCUGGGUCGGAGUUUCUGGAGAUGUUUGUCGGUGUCGGGCCAUCCAGGGUACGUGACAUGUUUGCCCUGGCCAGAAAGAAGGCUCCAUGCAUUUUGUUUAUUGAUGAGAUUGAUGCCGUUGGCAGGAAAAGGAGUGGCCGUAACUGGGGCGGCAACAGCGAACAAGAAAACACUCUGAAUCAACUCCUGGUGGAGAUGGAUGGUUUCAACACACAGACUGGCGUGGUUGUGUUGGCAGCAACCAACAGAGUGGACAUUCUGGACCAAGCUUUGCUGCGACCAGGACGCUUUGACAGACAGAUCUAUGUGCCUUUGCCAGACAUCAAAGGAAGGGCUUCCAUUUUCAAGGUUCACUUAAGCCGGCUCAAAACUGAUAUCCCCAUUAAUGAAUUAGCCAGGAAGAUGGCGGCUCUGACGCCUGGUUUUUCAGGAGCUGACAUUGCCAACGUGUGUAAUGAAGCAGCACUGAUAGCCGCAAGAGAUCUGAACACCUCCAUCCACCUGAAGCAUUUUGAACAAGCCAUUGAAAGAGUUGUGGCAGGUCUGGAGAAGAAAACUCAGGUGCUACAGCCGGAAGAGAAGAAGACGGUAGCCUACCAUGAGGCUGGACAUGCUGUCACUGGGUGGUUCUUGGAACAUGCUGACCCACUGUUGAAGGUGUCAAUAAUUCCAAGAGGAAAGGGUCUUGGUUAUGCACAGUAUCUGCCGAAGGAACAAUACUUGUACACACAGGAACAGCUGCUGGACCGCAUGUGUAUGAUGCUUGGUGGCAGGGUGGCUGAGUCCGUCUUUUUUGGUAAAAUUACCACCGGAGCUCAGGAUGACCUGAAGAAGGUCACACAGACGGCCUAUUCACAAGUUGUCAUAUUUGGAAUGAACGAGAAAGUCGGCCAGCUGUCGUUUGAUACGAGCCAGCAGGGUGAGAUGACAUUCACAAAGCCCUACAGUGAGGCAACAGCCCAGCUCAUUGACGAGGAGGUCAGGAAGAUCGUGGAGCAUGCCUAUCAGAGAACUUUGGACCUCGUCAAACUACACAGAGACCAAGUGGAGAAGGUGGCGCUACGCUUGCUAGAGAAGGAGAAGCUUGACAAGGACGAUAUGAUUGAACUCUUGGGCAAGAGACCAUUUGCGGAGAAAUCAACGUAUGAGGAAUUUGUGGCUGGGACAGGCUCCUUUGAAGAAGACACUACUCUGCCUAAAGGUUUGGAGAACUGGAAUAAAGAGAAAGAAACAAAAGAAAGAGAACCAGUGGAGUCGUGA